AUGAAUAGAGAGAAUGUUCAGGGGGAAGAUCUCUCAAUCGCUUCUCCGACGGCGUCUUGUGUGGCUGCCCAAACAGCGGUGAUCGUCGUGGCUGGUCCAGAAAGCAUGGACAAUCACUGCGAGAAGCGGCUCUCUACCAACGAACUGUCGGUGUUUUCCUGUCCAGGCGGUAUAGACAUACUGCAAGGGGACAGUCGAAACAACUCUCCACGUCAAGAACCGGCUCCGAUAGCAAUUCCAACGGUUCACCGGACCACCGCGUUUUCUGUUUUGGACAUUUUGGACCCAAAUAAGUUUACGAGCAAAAAGCAAAAUCCUAACCGGACCGGCAGUGAAAUCGCCUUCGGGACAGAGAACCGUGGAGGUGACGACUCGAAUCGUGCUGUAGAUCAGAAAUCUUAUGCAGAAGAAUAUGAAUGUAAAAAAUAUACAGCACUAAAUGAGGGGCUGGUGUACAGAUCGGACGAAUGCGAGAAUGAUUUCAACAGAGGCUCCCACUCUGACAGCGAGAUGCAGGAUGACUUGUUUAGUGAGGAGAGCAGCAGUGGCCUGACUGAAAAUACCCAGGGGGAACUGUGCCACCGUGAAGACGACGACAAGGAGAGCAAGAGCCCAAGAAGUCCUGACGGACAGCAAACGCAACAGUCAGGGCCGAAUGGACAAAGUCAUCAAGGAAAGCCGAAGCGAAAGCGCUCUGGCUCCGAUUCAAAGUCGGGUAAGCCACGAAGGGCCCGGACAGCAUUCACUUACGAACAACUUGUUGCACUGGAGAACAAAUUCAAGUGCACCCGAUACCUCUCCGUGUGUGAGAGGCUAAAUUUGGCACUGUCACUUAGUUUGACUGAAACUCAAGUCAAAAUCUGGUUCCAGAACCGACGGACCAAGUGGAAGAAGCAGAACCCUGGCGCAGACACCAGCGCCCCGACGGGCGGGGGGCCGAAUGGCCAGAGCAAUGGACUAGGGGGUCUGAGUCCGCUCAGCCCGUCUCCUCCCAUGAGCGGCCAUCUGUCAAUGCACACGAGCUAUGGUCACGGGCCAGGCGGGUUAGUCUGCACCAGCCAAUUACCCUUUCUGCCAAGUCAUGCGGUACUGUCACCUUUCAUGUUGGGAUCUCAGACCUACGGAGGGCCUGCGUUUUACACUUCACACCUAUAA